GCCAUUUUUGGCGCACGACACCACUAGCGAAAUAUCACUUGCCUCGGAUGCAUUAAUUUUGAAAUCUUGAAAUGAAAAAGGGAAUCUGUCUGGCUUCUUUUAUCAAGUUUUUAUCUGUUAUGAAAUUUGUUUUUUGAGUGUUUUUAUUGAAGUUUUAGUUUUUAAUUCGCAUGCGUCGUUAGUGGUAUUUAUUGCCUAAACUUUAGCAUCAUGAUUCUUGGGGAUUUGGUAAGAGGCUUAUGGAACAAAGCGGUCUAUGUCGCCGACGUGCUCAACCCCUUUAAUUCAACGGUUCGGAAGCCUAUUCCCAGAUUAGGCGAUGAUUUGGCGCCGGCGUUCCAUACCCGAAGCGCUCUGGAUCUGUCGGGCAAAGACAUGCAUGCCUUGGAAAUGCCGGAGACGGUGCAUCAUAAUCACACCAGCCGCACCGGAAAAGGAACCCAAUCCGUAGGCAGUUACCUCAGCGAUUCUGUCAGUCAUCUUUUCCACAAAGAAACUCCCGUUCCUGUCAUUAAACGCCGACCAUUGUCGUCCGUUUCCAAGACAUCCGAAGCGUCAGCGACGAAAGCGUCGUCCAGCACCAAAGCCUCUACACCCUCCUCUUCACCCAGCAAGGCUGUCGGGAAAGUCUCACCCCGCACCAAAGCCGCCACGCCGUCGGACACGAAGGCCGAGUCGAAGAAGCGCGGUCGACCCCGCUCCCAGUCCCGUACGCGUGCCGCUUCCGCCGCCAAGGAACGGGCGGCUUCGUCCGCGAAGGGACGCGCUGCGUCCUCCUCUAAGGAACCGGCGUCCAAGAAAGCCAAGACCGUCAGUACGAAGAAGACCGGGCAGCAACAGCAGCGCGGACGGAAGAGGAAGUCCGGAGAGACAACUUCGCCACGCCGCCUCCGCAGUCGCGAUCCAUCCCACCACACCCCCACGGAGACGCACGGUCGAUCGGGCAGCGGCCGGAGCAAACGAUCGUCACCGAGUAAGACGAAAUAUUAAUAGAUCCGUUGGUGCGUUGAAGUGUUCCUGUAUUAUUCCUGUCUUGGGCCUUGCGGAUCCUGUUUUCCUACUAAGCAUGGAGUAUAUUUAUGGUGCAGUAUUCUGUGCGUGUGGAUCUCCUCCUCUGCAUUGUUCACGGAGUGUGUCACCAGUCGGCGCUCCCAAGUGACCAAACUCUGAUGCCUCUUAUGUUUUAUCCCGUGUUUUACGUAUUUUUAAUCGGCCCUGUGCAUGCUGUUGGCCCGUAUAGGUAAUUAUUAUGUGGUGGGUGACGGGAAUGUAUUGUAAGCCAAUGUUAUUUUGUCAGGUACUUAUUAUUCUGUUUCGUUAAUACAAACUAUGCAACCUCAGAUUUACGACAUCGAAUUUUGUUGUUGUCCGAAUAUGCUCUUGUUGUUUAUUUAUGCGAGACAUAGUUAAAAUGUGCCAAACUUUCACCUGUUGUUUUGAGGAAGCGAUUUGUUAAAUGAUUUCAUGGUUUCAUCGUGUCGCCCUGCUGUUGGGUGUGCACUGUGCUGUCCAGUGCAUACUGCAGGCGAUACUGCUAAAAAGGCUGCCAUACUGGUUAAAUUGUGAAAGUUGCUGUUGUUUCUGCUUGUACUUAAGUUCUGUGCAUUGUGCAUUAUUGUAUGUUUUCCAUUGAAUCCAUUCUAUGCCUUUCUGUCAGCGGCGAUACUAGGGAUUCAGAGAACUGGUGAAAAAGUUAAUA